AUGACGACGGUGGCUUCUCCAUUGGUGGAGAAAGCUAUUAAGCAAUUAGUUGAUGGUGAAGAUGCAAUGCAUGAUUCAUUCUCCCCACCACUACCGGUGCCAAAUCAAUUUGGCAGCCUCCCCGAUGCCGGCACCCCGUCCAGGCCCCCAAACUAUUCCUCACUUACACGAACUAACCAAGAUGCAAGUUUGCAAAUGCAGAGAGAACUACAGUGGUUCAAGGAGGUGGAGAGUAUUUUACCCUUUGAAACACAUGAAUAUCUUAACUCCUCAGACGGUUUGACAGCACGAGAAUUAUUUACAACGAAUCACGCAGAAUUGAAGAAAGAGGCAGAAGAGUCGAUGAAAGGGACUGCAACUUCUUGUACAACUGUUGGUGCUCUUAUUGUUACCAUCAUGUUUGCAGUAGCAUUCACAGUUCCUGGUGGAAAUGAUAGUGCCACAGGUCUACCAAUGUUCAUGCAUAAAAAGUUGUUCAGAGUUUUCAUACUUUCAGAUACAAUAUCACUCAUUUCCUCUGCCACUUCGGUAAUUACAUUCUUGGGACUUCUCACGUCAACUUAUGCAGAAGACGAUUUUCUUUGGUCCUUGCCCAAAGAAAUGAUGGUCGGCCUUUCUACUCUGUUCAUCUCUAUUGCUGCCAUGAUGAUCACGUUUUCUUGCGCCCUAACCAUCAUGCUUGAUGGAGAAGCAAAGAUGAUAAUUCCAGUCAUUGUGUUUGCAAGUGUUCCGGUUGUGUCAUUUGCAUUUUAUUUGUUCCCCCUCCUUUUUGAGAUUUGCAGAUCCACUUAUGGAUCUUCCAUGUUUCCGAAGAAAGCUGGCAUUUAA